AUUCUGCCCCGGAAGUAUACGUUGUUACACGGGAAGAGAUACAGCGACUUCUAAUGCGAAUUCGUUUCCCACAGCAACUAAUUUUUCAUUCCGGUUUGAGCAGUAAACAUGGCAAAUAGGACUGUUAAAGAUGCAAACAGUAUACAUGGAACAAAUCCACAAUAUUUGGUAGAAAAAAUUAUUCGUACUCGAAUUUAUGAAUCAAAAUAUUGGAAAGAAGAAUGCUUUGGACUGACUGCCGAACUUGUCGUUGACAAAGCCAUGGCGCUGAAGUUUGUCGGAGGAGUCUAUGGAGGAAAUAUCAAACCUACACCGUUUCUGUGUCUCACUCUGAAGAUGCUACAGAUCCAGCCAGAAAAAGACAUCAUUGUAGAAUUCAUCAAGAAUGAGGAUUUCAAGUAUGUCCGCUUGCUAGGGGCAAUGUACAUGAGGUUGACUGGGACAUCAGUGGAUUGCUACAAAUACCUGGAACCACUGUACAACGACUACCGAAAAAUCAAGAGUCAGAACCGAAAUGGAGAGUUUGAGCUGCAACAUGUAGAUGAGUUCAUUGAUGAACUGCUACACGCUGAGAGAAUGUGUGACAUCAUCCUUCCCAGGCUUCAGAAAAGGCAGGUCCUUGAGGAGGCGGAGUUGUUAGACACACGCAUCAGUGCCCUAGAAGAGGACCUGGAUGAAGUGGAGACCAGUGACGAGGAAGACGAAGAAGAGGAGAAGCCAGAGAGAGUUCAGACCCCGGAGCCCCACAGACGGAGUUAUCGGGACAACGACCGCCCUCGCCGUUCGCCCUCUCCACGCUACAGACGCAGCCGUUCACCCAGACGGAGGAGCAGAUCACCCAAGAGACGAAGCCCAUCCCCCAGACGAGAGCGCCACCGCAGCAAAAGUCCCCGUCGCCACCGCAGCCGCUCCCGAGAGAGACGUCACCGCUCAAAGUCCCCAGGCCAUCACAGAAGCCACAGGCAUCGCAGUCACUCCAAAUCCCCAGAGAGGAGUUCAAAAAAGAGCCACAAGAAGAGUCGAAGAGGGAACGAGUGACCCAUUUUUGUAUUUUCUUCUUGGACAUUUCAUCUUUUUGACUUGGAAGUUAAUGUGGCAAAAUGUUUACAUCUGUGUAUGGAAUCGCUGGUAUUUUGUAUUUAAUUUUGGAAACUGAUAGCAUUUUUUUUUAUACACUGCUCAAAAAAAUAAAGGGAACACUAAAAUAACA